AGCGCUCCCGGGAGUCUCCAGCCCCAGCCGAAGCACAGAUGCAAGCGGGGGCAGAAAGCGGUGGAAGGGUGAACCGCUGCUGCUGGAAAUGCUCCGUGACACAAGUCAAGAAGAUUUUCUGGGGUGUGGCUGUGGUCCUGGGUGUCUGCUCCUCCUGGUCAGGUUCAACCCAGCUAGCAAAACUGACCUUUAAGAAAUUUGAUGCACCCUUCACUCUAACAUGGUUUGCAACAAACUGGAACUUUUUAUUCUUUCCUUUGUACUAUCUUGGACAUGUUUUUAAGUCAGCUGAAAAGCAGUCUCCAAAGCAAAGAUACAGGGAGUGCUGCCGAUUUUUUGGAGACAAUGGCUUGACUUUGAAGGUAUUUUUUACCAAGGCAGCACCCUUUGGUGUUCUUUGGACACUCACAAACUACCUUUACUUACAUGCAAUAAAGAAAAUAAACACUACGGAUGUCUCCGUGUUGUUCUGCUGCAACAAAGCUUUUGUGUUCUUGCUUUCAUGGAUCGUUCUGAGGGACAGGUUCAUGGGAGUGAGGAUUGUGGCUGCUAUAUUUGCUAUUGCAGGGAUAGUUAUGAUGACGUACGCCGAUGGGUUUCACAGCCACUCCGUUAUUGGGAUAGCCCUGGUGGUGGGCUCUGCCUCAAUGUCUGCUCUCUACAAGGUUUUAUUCAAACUUCUUUUGGGCAGUGCUAAAUUUGGAGAAGCUGCCUUAUUCCUGUCCGUGUUAGCUGUCUUCAAUGUCCUCUUCGUUACCUGUAUUCCCGUCAUCCUUUACUUUACCAAAGUGGAGUACUGGAGCUCUUUCGACAUCGUUCCUUGGGGAAACCUCUGUGGAUUUUCGAUUCUCUUAUUGACAUUCAAUAUUCUACUAAAUUUUGGGAUUGCUAUUACCUACCCCACCUUGAUUUCUCUUGGAAUUGUACUGAGUGUGCCAGUGAAUGCGGUUGUUGACCACUACACGAGUGAAAUUGUGUUCAACAGUGUCCGAGUAAUCGCCAUCAUCAUUAUUGGCCUGGGCUUCCUCCUGUUGCUCUUGCCAGAGGAAUGGGACGUCUGGGUAAUAAAGCUCCUCACGCGUCUCAAAGUCCGGAAGAAGGAAGAAAUCCCCGAGGGGAAUGGAGACAUUGCUUCGGGACUGCCUAACAAGAGCCGGAGAACUCGCCCCUCCAUGUCAUCCUUUGCUCAUUAAAUGCUCUUUU